GUUUAUCCACGACCAACGGUCGAGAGAGGCAGCGACCGGUUCGUGCGUGAUGUCCGUUGUUCGCAGACGUUCAUCUUCAUUCCUCGCUUCUGUCUCAGAUUUGGUCUCUACUCCUGCGGAUCAGCUCCGUGAUACGAAGUAACAUGACAACCGAUCCAGAACACACCGUCAAUACUAGUGCUACGGAAUCCGUCGAAGACGAAGAUGAUAACACCCAACGCAAAAUUUUACGUAACACUGAAGUAUUAGAUGCUCUUCGAGAUUGUAUUACUACACCACUAGAGCAAAUGCAGUCUCUUCCUGCUCCUGUCAAACGCAGGGUUAAAGCACUGAAACAACUGCAGCUUGUUACUACUAAUAUUGAGGCUAAGUUUUACGAGGAAGUCCAUGCUUUGGAAUGUGAGUACUACAAAAUGUGUGCACCGUUAUAUCAAAAGCGGAGUGAGAUAAUAUCUGGUACAUAUGAGCCAACGGACGAGCAGUGCGUUUGGGAGAGUGAUGAAGAUGAUGAAACGCUAAGUAAUUUUAUGAAAGAUAAGGCGAAAAUCGAGGAUACUACAGAGAAUAAAGAAACGGAAAACGAGGAUGAUGCUAAAGGCAUCCCAGAUUUCUGGCUAACAAUAUUUAAGAAUGUAGGUACAUUAGCCGAUAUGGUUCAGGAACAUGAUGAACCAAUCCUGAAACAUCUAAAUGAUAUUAAAGUCAAAUUUCUGGAAUCGAAUCCAAUGGGAUUUGUUCUCGAGUUCUAUUUUACAUCGAACGAAUAUUUCUCAAAUUCAGUUCUCACUAAAGAAUACAUCAUGAAAUGUACUCCGGAAAAAAAUGAUCCAUUUAGUUUUGAAGGGCCCGAGAUAUAUAAAUGCAAAGGCUGCGUGAUUGAUUGGAAGAAGGGCAAGAACGUUACAAUAAAAACUAUUAAGAAAAAUCAGAAACAUAAAUCUCGAGGAUCUAUGCGUACCGUAACCAAAACAGUUCAAAAUGAUUCCUUUUUCAACUUCUUUAGUCCGCCAAUCGUGCCAGAUGAUCCUGAAGCCGAUGUAGAUGAUGAAACUCAAGCUAUAUUGACCAGUGAUUUUGAAUUAGGGCACUAUAUUAGGGAACGUAUAGUACCUAGAGCUGUACUGUACUAUACAGGCGAAGGUUUAGAGGACGAAGACGAAGAUUACGAGGAUGAAGAGGAUGGAGAUGAUGACGAGGACGUCGACGAGGAGGAUGAGGAAGAGGAGGGUUCAUCUCCUAAUGCGCCUUCAGAUCAAGCCUAGAACUCUUCAACAUACCAGUGAUACAAAAAAAGAAAGAUAAAAUUUACGUACUACACCUUCCUUUUACUCGCCGUUGACGAUGAGUAGAAUACAUGCGCCUUAUACCUGUGCUAUAAGAUCUAAUGUCAUAUAUGUAUACGGUAAUUACUCUCGCUCUCGAACACUAAUUAUUGUCAAUUUUUAAUUGCUUUAUUUUAUACGACUUGUUACGUUUAUAUGCGCCGACAGAGAGAGGUUGUUUGAAUUCUUUUCCGAAGAAACGCACGUUGCUCUAUGGAAAAAAUUUUUGGGUACUGUUGAAGCAUUUUUAAUACAAAAAGUGGAGAAAAAAAAUAUCGUUGUUCGAGU